UGGCCCAACUUUGAAAGCCCACCUCUAAAGCCUGCUUUGUUCACAGCUCCACAAUCCCUAAUCCCGCAGUUUUCAUUCUUCCUUCCUUCCCCAAUUUUCACCUCGCUACCACAGUACGCCAAAAUUGCAAGUCCAACACCUUCUUCCUGAAGGUUGGUGCUCCUACUUUGUUGAAAGAGCAUCUUUUCCAAUAUAUCGGGUUCAUGUGUCACUAUUUUGAUUGAACAAAGAGAUGAGGUUUAUCCCCCUUUCCAGAUUAAUCUGCCGUCUCCCUCAGCGGGAUAUAUGUGGUCCCUUGCAAUCUCGAGCCUUACAGACUAAUUCGGUUCCUAAAGAUUCUCUGGCUAAGCCAAGAAAGUACAAAAUUCCUCAAUUCUAUGAUCCUUAUGGCCCCAGACCUCCACCCUCAGAAAAGAUCAUUCAGCUUGCAGAACGAAUUGGAGAAUUAUCCGAAGAAGAACGUGGUCAAAUUAUGCCUACUUUGUCAGAAAGAUUAAAUCUUCCAAAGUUGCAGCCAAUUUCCACGGAUGGCUUGGACAUGGGUUCAGAAGGUGGUGCAGCUGGACCAAAGGUCGAGGAGAAAAAGGCAGAGAAAACAGCUUUUGAUGUGAAGUUGGAGAAAUUUGAUGCUGCCGCAAAGAUCAAGGUAAUUAAGGAGGUAAGAGCAUUUACUAGCCUGGGAUUGAAAGAGGCCAAAGAUCUUGUUGAAAAGGUUCCAGUGGUACUAAAACAAGGGGUCACAAAAGAGGAGGCAAAUGACAUAAUAGAAAAAAUAAAAGCUGCUGGAGGAGUUGCAGUUAUGGAGUAGAACUUUGAUUUUUGGUUGAGAUCAUAAUUUUCUUUAAUGUAUGUCUUUAAGUUCCCAUCUCAUGGUUAUCCGUGAAUGAAUUUUAGAAGAAAAUUCUAAUGGCACGAAAGAGAUUUAACGAUUAAGAACCAGCUGUUGAAUAAUCUAUUUGAACCAUUUUUUGUUAGUUGGGCUCUCUGGUUCAUUACUGUAUCACUUGUAACUGCAGUGUUGGUUUGACACUUAUAACAGUCUGCCUAUCCUCUGCUCACAUAUUUUCUUCCAAGUGAAAUGUUUCUAGGUUCAUAGGCAAAAUUAUUUUAUGGAA